AUUUCGUUUCGUGUGAAAUCUUGGGUGACCAUGGUAGAGGUCAGAUAUUACGUCACCCUCUCAGUACUUUCGGCAAUGUUUGUAAAGAUACAAGGCGGCCCAGGAGAAUGUUUUAACGUUACCACUAGUGAGGGCCUCAGGACACUUCUACACGGGGAGAAAGCCUGCGCCCCUUUAAACAAGGGAGAGACCGGUGCUGACUUAGGACUUCGAUAUGUCACUUGUAACUCAGGAUCUGUCACAGUCAAGGCGUGCGUACCGCCCUUUAGAUUCCACGCAAAGAAAGAGCAAUGUGCGCCUCCCGACAUUGCCAAGUGCAGUCGGAGAAACUAUUCUCUGUCCCGAAUAGCCUCCAGAAGGAAGACUCAAACACCACUAGAAGGACCUUGCUCUCCGAGAAACUGCAAUCUCCCACAAUGCUUCUGCUACGGAGCUGAGCCGAGCAUGGCUGUGGCAGACCGGCCUCAGUUUAUCAUGGUCACCUUUGAUGAUGCCGUCAGUACUUGGCUGUACGAGCAAUACUACAAGCCUAUGUUUGUAGACAAUAAGUUCCAAGUGUUCAAUCCCUCGGGAUGUCCGUUGAGAACUGCCUUCUUUGUCUCGGACAAAAACACAAACUACGACAAGGUUCUCAAGUUGUGGCAGGCUGGACACGAGAUCGUCUCCCAUACCAUCAACCACGAGCUGCCACCUGGGCACGUGGACACUGACUACCCUGACAUGGUAGCCGAGAUUGAUGGUGAGCGUCAGAGGGUUCUCAAAGUGUUAAACAACAAGGCGCUGGUUGAGUCCAUGAAAGGUUUCCGCUCCCCGUUUCUCAAGGUGGCCCAUGAUGUCCAGUACGACGUGCUCCACGAUCACAACUUCCUGUACGACACAUCAGUGACCAGCAUGGAGAUGUGGUUCGGCAAAAGUCCACUGUGGCCAUGCACGCUGGACUUUGAGCUGGGAAGAUGUAUCAAUCCGCCAUGUCCAACCAACAGUUAUCCAGGCUUAUGGGAGAUAAUCAUGAAUGCCUGGAUUGCAGACGACGGUCACCCGUGCAGUAUGGUUGAUUCCUGCCUCACUUACAAUUACAGUACAGCUAAACAAUCGGAUUGGAUAAAAAUAUUUGAUGAUAACUUCUCCUUGUUUUACAAGACAAAAGUGCCCAUGGACUAUUUCACUCACGGGUUGAUGUUUGACCUAUCCAAGACUUCAUUUCCUGCACUGGGCAAUUGGCUGCAUCGAAUGCGAAAGGACUACUCAGAUGUGUGGAUUGUCACCCCACAACAAGUGCUGCAGUGGAUGAGAAACCCGUUGACCAACGCGGAGAUGAAGGCUCAAAAAUGGGGCUGCUAGUUGAAAUCAUUAAAUUCUAAACAGACUUACUCAAUUUGUAAAAAGGGUUAAGGGUUGAAAUAGCUGCUUCUAAAGGAGACAUACAAAGAAAUGAACCUACAUCCCACGACUUUAAAAUGUAAUUAAAAUCCAAGAAAAGUUGUAUUUAAAAAGUUUGCUAAUUUAGUUUUAUUCAGAAUGUGCCAAUAAAGUUGCCCACAAAACAACAUAAAUGUCCAGAAAAAGCUAAAAUAAGAAAAUUAAAAUCUUGUACUAAAUUUCAAAAAAA